AUGAAAACUUUCAUUGUACUAGCUUUCUGCUGUAGUUUUUUCUCUACUAGAGCUACCCCUGUUCCAUUUGAGUUUUUGGACUGUGGUGACCCUGAUGUCUUUAAAGCUGUCGACACGGCACUGAAGGAAUACAAUGGAGGCAGAGCAACUGGUAGUCAAUUUGCUCUAUAUAUGGUGAUGGAAGCCAAGAGAACUGUAACUCCUGACACACAAUUCCAUGUGAGAUAUCGAAUACGAGAAACCACUUGUGCCAUUGAGGAAAACAAACUCUGGCAAGACUGUGACUACAAUGUAUCUGCACAAGCUAAAGUAGGAGAAUGCACAGCUCAAGUUCAUGUGAAGGAUGAUGAAAAACCAAGUAAUGUUUUGCAAGACUGCAAAAUUGUUCCAGUCGUGUCAACAGUAAGAAUUACUGAUGCUUCCUGCCUUGGAUGCUACUAUCCCAUAUCAAGUGACAGUUUAGAAGUGUCAGAAAUUCUGAGAAAAGCCAUUCAAAACUUUAACUCUCAUAGUAAGGAACCAGCCCUUUUUAAGCUCGUGGAAAUAAAAAAAGCUAAAAGACAGGUGGUAGCUGGAUGGAAUUACUCAAUUAAAUAUGCAAUUGAGGAGACUAAUUGCUCCAAAGACCAUUUUCAAGAUUUAACUCCUGAGUGCAAACCCACUUCUAGAGGUCACGUAGGUGAAUGUGAUACCAAAGCAUUUGAAAAUCUUCAUGGGCAGAUCUUGGAUAUUGCAAGUCAAUGCAAGCUGUCAGUUGCUGACACAACUGCUAACAUUCCUGCCAGCUGCCCUGGUUGUCCACAGGUUAUCCCAAAUGACAGUCCAGAACUGAAGGAACUACUGAAGGUUUCUAUGGAGAAGUAUAAUUCAGAGAGCAACAAUGAUAUCUACUAUAAAGGCGGAGAAAUAGAAGCAGCAACAGUUCAGGUGGUUGCAGGAAAAAACUACCAUUUAACAUUUACAAUCCACAAGACAAACUGCUCAAAGGAAGACUUCAAAAAGCUUAAUGAAGGCUGUGAAGCCCUAUCACAAAGCGCACCAUUGCAAUGUGAAGCAGAUAUUCAUGUGAUCCCAUGGGAGAAUAAAAUCUCUCCCCGGGUGAACUGCUCUGUAGGACGGUCAAUGGAUGUACUUCUAAGAAGACCUCCUGGAUUCACACCUUUCCGAAGCUUUGCUGUGCAAGUGCAGCCAAUUAAAAAUGAAGAAGAAAGGCAAAGGCCUGAUGAAGAAACGAGAAGAGAUGGUGGACAGGAACCAGAAGGUGAAGGUGAAUCUGAACAUAAAUAUAGACAUGAAAAGGGGCAUAAACAUGGGCAUGGAUAUAAAAAGGAUAAUAAGUGUGACAAAAGGCAUAGACACGAAGUUGGUUGUGGGCAUAGAGCUGGCCAUGGGUGUGGACAUAAAAAGCACUGUAAGAAUGGUAAACAUAAACAUCCAAGCCCUAAAUCUUCUGAGGAAUCUAAUGAGAGAGGUUUUUAUCAAAAUAAAACCCUCCAAUCAUCUAGUGCUGAAACAGCACCAGAGGCAGUUGAUCCAGGGGUUACAAGAAAGGAAACCAGUACAUCUGCAGAACCACUAAUUCUUCCUGAUGCUUCUUUAUUUAAUGGGUUGCCAAUUCACACAGAAUCUCCUCGCCCAAGAUGUCCUGGAAAACCAUGGAAACAAAUUACAGACCCUUCAGCUACUCCUAACUUUCCCAGAGAAUUCACAAAUGAGGAUCUCUUGCCUUCUGCAGCAACAGAAAGCUCAACACCUCUCCAAACCAAAGACCUUGACCUCUCAGACGCUGUACUAUAA